UUUACAGGGUAUCCGGCACGCUCUGGUCUCCGCAGCUCGGUGCUCGCAGGUGUUUCUGAAGCUUGUCAGUGUGAAAUUCCUGCCAUUGUUUGAGGAAUGCACAAAGGGCAUUUCCACUUUCCGCCGUCAUGUUCCGGGCUGCAUACCUCUGUAAUAGGCUGUGAAUGGUGACGGCAGUCAGCUGCCGCACUUGGUUUGUUCGUUCAUACUUCCAGCGUUUUCGUAGAUUUUUCUGCGCUCCCGUGACAAGUUUUUGUUUGUUUGUUUGUUUUCCAGUCGCGAUCAUGCUGAACUGUGAAGCGUUCAGGAAUAUAACCCUCGGACUGUGCUGUAAGUCGACAAGUGCGGGCUGGUUUGCGCGUGUGUGAGGUUUAAAGGGAAUUUACGCUUAAGUGUUCCUUCCCAUCCAAAACCAGCGAUCGGGAUGGCAGAGGGGUUAUUCAGGGAUUACUCCCCGGAUCUAACAGAGCUGGAAAAUAAGAUCGGGAUGAAGACACCGGAAAGUCUUCUGACCUGGAUGAGAGAUGCUCCAAAUUGUGAAGGUGGCCGGAGGUCUGAAGUGAGCGGCAGGGAAAACCACAGCGCUGAUUUCCCCGAGGCUUUAUCUGACAAAAUUAACAACUUAAAAAAAGAGCUGAGAUGGCUCCGUUCUGCCGAUGUAAGGAUCCUACGGCAACUGGUGGCUUUGAACGAAGGGAUCGAGACCAUGCGCUGGCUACUGGAGGAUAGGGGCCCUUUAACCAGUCGUGGCAGCAGUUUAACAGGAAGCCUGAGCAGCCUGGAGAAUGGGCCUUUGAUGUCUUCUUGCAGAGAAAACCCAGACUACCCUGAGGAACUGACUGAAAUAAUGGGUGAGAAUUCAGAGAAUUCAAACCCUAAAAGCUAUGCUGACAUUCUCAGUUCCGACUCUAGUGAAGGAACAUCUCAGAGUCCUUCCGGCUCCGAAUUUUUGAUCAAUCAUUCUGCUCCUGGAAGUUUUGGUCAGACAUCAUUUAGUCCAGCCAGUGGAUUGAAUGAUGAACAACCACAGGACGUUUUUCUAACGUAUUUAGCGCCAAAAGUAAAAAAUCGUGGCGACACCAUCAGAAGAGUUUUGCUUAGAUCUUUCAAACCAAGAAAAAGCUUGGACGUGGAGACUUUUGACCCCGCUCCACUUCCACGAGAGACACAGACAUUACACCAACCUCAGGAGAGUUUCACAGCAUCUCACACCAAUAUUAUAGAAAAGGAAGACAGUGAAACCAGUGAGGAGGAAGUUUUUCUAGGCUAUGAUGCCCGGUGGUCCUGGGUGGAAUCAGAAGAUGAUGUGACAUAUGUAUGACGACCUCUGAACACAACUUUGAUUUAUGAUCUUUGCUUUAAAGCUUUUCAACUAGUGAUCUGAGACGUAAAGGCACUUUGGCACAUUUUUUAGAAUAAGAUUAAAGCCACUGACUAAUGUGAAGUUUCUCUGUGUGUCACUAUAUACUCUGUGUGUUUGACUUGAUAUUUUUAAAUCAUUUGUUAUAAAUAUUAAAUAAUUAGAAAUGAAUGAUGUGAUGAAGGUUUCAAACACCUGAAUGAGAUCUGAGCAUCAGAUUUCGUGUCUUUGUUGUGUAACCAUCGGGUCUUAUGUUUUGUAUUUGUUUAAGUAACUUUGCUUAGCAGUUUUCUUAUCUUGGAUUUUAUGGACACUGUGCUUUCUUUCCUAAAUCUCUUGAAGAUAGGGGAAAAAUAGCAGAAGGUUAUUUAUUUUCUUUUUUUCAAUUUAGAGUAAGGCUUUUUGUAUUUAUGAGCCUAAUAUAUCUUUUUUAUAUAUAAUUGCCAAGACAAUAAAAGUAAUUUAUUGGUACUCUUGUUUGUUUCUUAGAAGAAAAGCCUGAAUGUUAAAUGUCAUUAUUGGUGAAAUAACUGUUGUGUCCUUAUAUAGUUGGGGAAUACAUUUUUUUUUAAGGUAAAAAGCAUCGUCUAACUUGUUAAAAGAACUCCCAUAGGUACUGCGGUGAGUUUGGAUUUGGUGACUGCUAAAGCUGAGGCCUGUUUGACAUCACUUUCAAAGUCACCAAACCAUUCAGGGACACGUUUUUGCCCAGCAGAUGGAGGCAUUUUCAUCCAGGAGCUCACUGCCAUCAGGACAUGUUUCUGCAAAGGUUAAGGGCAGGUGGUCUUUCACAGUGAUCUGCAGUGAUCCACCCCUAUCAACCAAUCCAAUCUACUCACAAAAUGCCAUCACAGCAUAACAGAGCCGGGACAAUCUAGGAUCACAGGAAUUUUUUGGUCCCGCCUGCACAAAUUACACCUGUCCUGAGACUAAAUGUAAACUUGGUUGUGGAAAAGGUGGCUACAAAAAGACUAAUUUUAAUUGCCAAAGGUAACAGUUCAUAUAGGUUAGAAAUCCACUUUUUUAUUUUGCUAUAUCCCUCUUACUAUUUUAAUCAAUUUGUUUAACCUCAGCAUAUUUUAAAGAACAACAGGAACAGGAAGAAACCAGGCUUGGGCAGAGGCAGCCAGUUGGAGGUUAACGCGAGAAAGGUGGGGCAAAAGACAUACUGUGGAGCAGAGGCAGGGAUUAAGUUUUAAGCCUAAAAACUGAAGGCUCUGACUUCCAUUCUACUUUUGAAUAUCCUGGGAACCACAAGUAAGUCAGUAG